UUGUCUGGUGUCAAGUGCUGCUAUACUAGUAACUCAUUCAUCCUCAUUCCGAAACAGAUGAUAUUUUUUACUUGUAGUUUGCCAGGAGUUUUUUUUUUUCGGUCGGCCAGAAGUAGCAUUUUACCGCGUCUACAACAGUGCAGUGUACCUACCGUGAUUGACUACAUCAUGUACCCGUAGAAGUUACCAGCAAUAGAGAGAAAAUAGUACUAUACCGGUAGUCUUUACGGUAUCAUUAUUCUAUUAUUUCGUAGCUCCUAUAGCUAUCGUUAGCUGCCGGAAUCUCACCUGCGUCUUUGCGAAGUCGUCCUCUCACCAGCCGAACUCUGGCUCCAGUGUACCAUGGUGUACGAGUAGCAGUGUAUCUUUGUGGCGGCGACUCGACUCCAGUGCGACCGCGCUCACCAGUUAUUGAUCAUUAGCCGCAUCCGGCAACAUAAUCAUUUGACCGGUGCAAGAAGGCUACGCGAGGGACAUACAAAUAAUAUUCAGACGAUGACCCAGUGUUGACGUUUGUUUUUGGGCGAUUACGAGGGUCCGGGAGAGGUUGUUCGGUUUGUGGUCCCUGCCAGGUGACUGCAUGCAGCCUUUGUAUCGUUGACGUUGGUCUACGUAGCGGUCAGCUGGCUGUGGUCGGAAGUCACAAAGGGACAUCAUGCAAGGCCGGCCAUCGUGGUAAUUCAGGCCAUCAUCAGGGUCAGGUCAGUCACAGACGCCGCGGAAAGAUUAGGUGCUGCUCCCGGCUCCCGGUGUGUGCUUCUUCCGCUAGGAUCUUCCGCUGACGAGAUAACCUUACCAAUCGGGCGUGUUUGAUUCGUUGGGACGCAUCUGCGACUCUGCCUAACUACUUACUGCGACUACGUGCACUGCACGAAGCCACGUGGUGGGCCUAGUAGUAGUACUUUGUAGAUAUACCAGUCCUGCUUCCAGGCGAUUACAGACAUCCGUCAAGUUCAUUCAAUCGAGUCUAUUUUCGAAUCAGGAUCCCAAAGACCAUACUUAUACAACAGUGCUGUAUCAUCGGACAGGGUUACCAGGUGACUACCAUGACCACUGGAGGAAGACACUACUCUGCCGUUCCUCAGCCAUACAGCGAUGAAGCCUGCCAUUCAGAAAUUCCCAGCAGCUUUAGUCCGGCUGUCAGGAGUGCUUGCCAAAGUCACUCAUUGACGACGCAGAUAUUUGGGGCAAAAGUUAUCGUACUGGGAGAUAGUUCCGUGGGCAAGACCUCAUUAAUCCGGAGGUUUGUCAGCCGGACAUUUGAGUGCAGUUACAAGGCUACCAUCGGGGUGGAUUUUGAGGUUCAAAAGUUCUACUUCCUCUCCAAGCAGUUUGACUUGCGGAUUUGGGACACAGCGGGCAACGAACGUUUCAAAACAAUAACAUCAGCGUACUAUCGAGGAAGCAAUGCGAUCAUACUUGUCUAUGAUGCAAGCAAGCCAGAAGAUACUCUGCAAAGCACAAGGCAAUGGUUGGAAGAAGCAAAUGAGAAACAGCCGGCAGACGGGUGUCUGCUUUUCCUAGUGGCUUCUAAGAAAGACCUACUGACACAGACCGGACAGGUACAGAUGCAGGCUGAGGGUACAGCAAUGGCCAAGGAGCUUGGAGCUGAAUUCUGGGCCGUCUCCUCAAUGUCCGGAGAGAAUGUUGCUGAUUUCUUCACAAGAGUAGCAGCGCUAUGUUUCAACAAAGCAGUAUCCGCAGUGGCACAGCACGAUUCCACCGACGCCGGGGCAGGGAAGACGGCCCAAAUUGUCAGUGACGGAGGGCUCAUCCGGUUGCAGAAACCCAGCAUGGAGAGUCAACCUUCCCAGACACACACACCGGGCCGUAUUUGCUGUCGGCAAUCUUGAUGAGAGCUGUUGGUAGCACAUUGUGUUGAGUCAUCUAUGCCUAACAGCGAUCCAGUGGCGCACGCCAUCAAACGCUGCAUGACUGUACAGAUGGCGAUGUACCAGUCCACAAUAUCGCUGGAGGUGCGUAGCGCUACAAUGCAAUGCAGGUCGAGCAUCAAGCCAGAUCUAACAUGGACCGCACAACUUGACAUGAAACUUGACAUGAGUUACGGCCAAUGCCGGUCGCCGCGAUUGCCCCGUCCAAAGCGGUACAGAAGCAGUGGGCUGGCGGUGGAAUUGUGAUGCUGGCAAAGAGGGGGCAUUAAGGAGCCCAAACGGCUAUGCAGUGUGCAGUUCGCUACCAAGAACAUCAGCACUGCCACAGUGUGCAGUUCGCUACCAAGAACAUCAGCACUGCCACAGUGUGCAGUUCGCUACCAAGAACAUCAGCACUGCCACAGUGUGUGUGUGUGUGUGUGUUUU